AUGGAGGUCAACAUGGCGGUCAUGGAUGAGAAUGCCACAAACACCUCAACCAACUAUUCUUCUCUGCUUGACCCCCACGGAACCCAAGCUGCUUUCUUCCCAUUCAGCUUCAGCUAUGGCGACUAUGAUAUGCCCUUGGACGAAGAUGAGGAUGUGACCAAUUCCCGGACCUUCUUUGCUGCCAAAAUUGUCAUCGGCAUGGCACUGGUGGGCAUCAUGCUGGUUUGUGGUAUUGGCAACUUCAUCUUCAUCGCGGCCCUGGCCCGCUACAAGAAGCUGCGCAACCUCACCAAUCUGCUCAUCGCCAACCUGGCCAUCUCUGAUUUCUUGGUGGCCGUCGUCUGCUGCCCCUUCGAGAUGGACUACUACGUGGUACGCCAGCUCUCCUGGGAGCACGGCCACGUGCUGUGCGCCUCUGUCAACUACCUGCGCACUGUCUCUCUCUACGUCUCCACCAACGCCCUGCUGGCCAUCGCCGUCGACAGAUAUCUGGCCAUUGUCCACCCGCUGAGACCCCGCAUGAAGUAUCAAACAGCCACUGGCUUGAUUGCCUUGGUGUGGAUGGUGUCCAUCCUCAUCGCCAUACCGUCAGCCUACUUCACCACUGAAACGGUCCUCCUCAUUGUCAAGAGCCAGGAGAAGAUCUUCUGCGGCCAGAUCUGGCCAGUGGACCAGCAGAUCUACUACAAGUCAUACUUCCUCUUCAUCUUCAGCAUUGAGUUCGUGGGCCCGGUGGUCACCAUGACCCUGUGCUACGCCAGGAUCUCCCGGGAACUCUGGUUCAAGGCUGUCCCUGGUUUCCAGACUGAGCAGAUCCGGAAGCGGCUGCGCUGCCGCCGGAAGACGGUCCUGGUGCUCAUGUGCAUCCUCACGGCCUACGUGCUGUGCUGGGCGCCCUUCUACGGCUUUACCAUUGUGCGUGACUUCUUCCCCACCGUGUUUGUGAAGGAGAAGCACUACCUCACGGCUUUCUAUGUGGUCGAGUGCAUCGCCAUGAGCAACAGCAUGGUCAACACCGUGUGCUUCGUGACCGUCCAGAACAACACCAUCAAGUACUGCAAGAAGAUCAUGGUGCUCCACUGGAAGGCUUCUUACAGUGGGAGUAAGUCCAGUGGGGACCUCGACCUCAAAACCAUGGGGGUGCCUGCCACUGAAGAGGUGGACUGCAUCAUACUGAAAUAA